AUGAACAUUGGAGAAAGAACGAAAGGGAAGUACGUCCCACCCCGGAGGAUUCCACCUUCCCCUCUGAAAUUCGAACUAGACGAUUCGAUGGAAUCUUCUGCACGAUGGAAACCAAGAGUACGACAGGAAGUGGCAAACUACGAUGACCGUAUGGCAAAACAAUAUUUAGCGUCGAUGGCAGAGCGAAGUCCUGUAUGCACGCCAGCUGAUGUUUACAAGCCUCGUAAACAUCGGACAUUGACUGGAAAAUCAGCGAAUAUGUAUGGACAAGCCAUGAGCAAUGAUGAUCUCUACAGGACGCACUCACGUGUGAUAUUCACUCGGGCGAAAAGUUCGGUCGAUAGUCUGAUUACUAGGAAGGAUACGAGACGACAGAGAAUUACUCCGGGGGCAUUGAGCCUCAUUGCUGAUGAGGAUGAAGAAGAAGAAGUGUCUGAAGCUGAAUACAGUUGCGAGCCAAGAGCAAAGCCUUUCGAAGAUGAAGAAGCAGAUGAUGAAAUAGACUACGAAUCCGACCAAAAUGGCGAUGAUAAUCUGGACCAAGUGAAGGACUACAGAAGAUACUCCCAGAAGUCAGUAGAACCGGACACUCUUAAGCAGCAGUACAAUGAGUGGCUGGAGCAUAGGAGAUCGAGGAAUUUACGAGAAACAGAUAAACCACAAGCUUUAAAACAUCAACGACGGGGAAAAUCGUGCGUAAUGCCUGUUGAGGAACCUGCUGAGCAUCAACCACAGCUAGUCGCAGUGCACAAGUGCAGUGAGUGCGGACAGACGGUGGACAGUCCAAUCAAGCCCGAGAUGAGGGGAGGGCGUGUCAUGUACGAUUUACCCGGAUUUCCACGAGAUUUUUCAGAAAGGAAAUUUUUGAAAUUCCAAGAUCCAAAUAAGGAACUACCCUGUCCGAAGCCACGGAAACCCAAGGACAUGCCAAGAAAUCGUGAACAGAAGAAGUCAAUGAUCACUCAAUCACCCUCAAAAUUCGACACCUACUAUGAUGAAUAAUUCGAUGACAUCGAGAGAGUCACACUGCCAAGCAUUCACCAAGAACAAUUCCAAAAUAUUUUAAUUUCAUAAGCAACUGGAUGGCAAAGUGGUACCAACGUCGGUUUCAUUGAAAAAAUUCCAUCGAAAAGCUGACGGAAAAAUUCUAUUGGAUUUCUAUCGAAUUUUGGAAGAUUCUAUUGAAAAAGUAUUUUGUACUUCUGUGAACAUUUUCUACAGGAAUUCCACGAUAUAAAUUUUGCAAGCCUCUCACACCGUGUUGAGUUUCUCUUCCAAUAAAAGUAAGCCGGCCAAAAAAUCUAUUUUAGCAGGAUUCCAUCAAUUUUUUCACUGAAUAGAGCAAUUAAAAAAAUACCUGCAGAUACGCUAUGAAAUUGUUCAAUAAAAUCGUCCAAAAGUUGACAAAGCUGUUCAUAGAACUUCGACCGAAAUUACGCUUUUCAAUGGAACUUAUUCGUACUCGACUUGUCAUCACUAACCCCAGCCUCCUAAAAUAUUUUUGUAAAUGUAAUUCACCCUUCGUAAAAAAUUGUCAAUGGCCCUGUAAAUACCCCGAACAAAACAAACUCUAGUUCCCUGGACAAGCAAAAAUGAAAAAAAAUUGAUCCCCUGUAUUAAAAUUGUGAAUUUCCCACGUAGUCUCUCACGUAAAAAUCCCCUGUAAAUAGAUAAACUCACCAGCGCUAUUCGUAUGUAUAAAUAAUCAAGAGAAUAAAUUUUCUCGUGUACAAAUAAAAUCAAGAUC